CUUUACGCCGGAGCUGCUGCACGACCCGCAGCGACGCCAGCACCGCUUCAGCAGCAAAACCUGAAAAAUCUCCUCCAGACCGCCGACUUCGCGAGGCUACUGGACAGCAAUUACACACUGAACGAAGAGCUUCUUCAGGAAGCGGAUCAACAGCUGCACUCCGGGAUCCAAGCAGACCACAACCUGGUUGCCAACUAUGACUGGCGGUUGCUUAGCGAAACGAGGAACAGACAACUAGUUUCCGCAUAUGGGCAGGUGCACGCGCUGAAGUCGAAAGACUUAGACAUCGUGAACAUCUCCGUUCUGCAGCAGAAGUUAUCAAAUGUAAAAAUGUCUGGGUCUGGAAGAAUGCAAACUUGUGAUGCUGCAUUUGGAUUCCAAAAAAAUCUGUAUUGCGUAAGCAGCAAAGGGAAUGCAGUUUUGUCUACGCGGAGGGGGCAUUUGUCAUGCGGAAUAGGCAUCGCGAAGCCCUCAAAAAGUCUGUGAUGCUAGUGCAUGCAUCACAGACAUCAUGGCCCAUGCAAAACGUGCAUGACAAGUCUCAGAAAUUUCCAGACCCAGACAUUUUUACACUUGAUAGAAGUACAACGUUUACCAAAUGGAGCAGCUGGGCAGUCGAACGGGAACGAGCUCCCCUGCGUCUUCCUCGUUCUCCAGUCGUGCACACCAGGCCGCGGGGCAACUACGCGACGCCAACAAAGCUUGGGAACAAAAAGACAACGCAGACUUGGACUUGCUGAAAACCUACCUGAGCCACGCCAUCGUGGUCUUAGAGGGCUGUCUCAAGUUCCAAGACCAGUGUCUCUACGUAUCUAGGAAGCUGAUGCCCCUAGUGUUGCGCGACUGCGACGUGCCCGGUGUUGAUGUCGUGGACCACUUCGGCAGUAAAAACUUUGGAAGAGGAGGGAGCACAGUCGCAGGCACAAGCGCAGCUUUCCAACAUGACCGUCAACACUUCGCAGAAGACGGGCUGGAAUCAUCGACGCAAGGAGCUAGCAGCGGCAUCAACACCAGUUCUCACGGUCCACUGCUUACUACAACUUCCGGGCUUGUUGAGAAGACUGGAGCGUCGACGAAAAGUCUGACUGAGCAGCAGAUCGCAGCCGUUUGCCAAAGCAACGACGCGGUCCUGGAAGGCGCUUUUUUUGACACCCCGGCGAGCAAUACCGAU